AUGUCGCCUCCAAGAUCCUGGUUCCGUCAGGGGCCUAUGCGCCCAGUCAUCGAGGUCGGCAAGGUCAUCAAACUUUCACACCCACAGCCUAGCAAGUGGAGGAUUUGCGAAGUCCUUCAUGAAUACGACCUCCAGAGGCACGAAAAUGCUCCACGUCCCUCUUACACCUCUAUUCUGCUAUCCGGUUAUGAGAUCGGUGGCUCCAGAAGACCGUCUAUGAUGCGUGUCGUUGUGCAAAUCCCGUCUAUCGAGACACAACUCGAAAACUCGACUGUUCGGGCGAAGGAAGCCACGAGCUUGAGAACCUCGGGAUUUCGCGCCUUUUUGACCUUCACUAAAGAAGGGUCGACAUUCACACCUCCCCUUCUCGGAUAUCUUGAGGAUGGACAAGACCGCUCAGGGCUAGUCCCUGGCGGCUAUAUUACUUACUAUGCCUGGGAGGUUGUCCCUGGAAUACGUCUAGGUGACGAUACCGGAAAGGCUUCUCUGUUCUGGACCUUGGAUGAGAAAGAGCGAGAAGAAAUUCGCGAUGCUUUUCGGGAUACUUUCGUGAAAAUUACAUCGAUGCGUGUGUGGCCGGAUACUGCUGGUGCACCCAAUCUAGUUUGGAACUCGAAGACUAAAACUCUCACCUGGGUAGGAUUUCGGGAUUGCGAUGUCAAUGCCAAGCCAUCGCCCUGGAAAGAUCUCGCGUUGCCCCUAUUCGAUCUCGUCAAAGCGCCUAAUAAUUUAUGGUUGUACCCUGAUUGGAAUGGCGAGACUUCAGAGUGGAAGUACUAG